AUGACUGCCAUCCUUUAUUUGCUUAGCUGCCGUCGAUUUAUUGUAUUUUAUAAAAGGAAUCGUGAUAAAGAUAUCAAUUUGUUUGAUGUUUUAAAUGAUCGUGAAAUUUCCAAAGUUUAUUUUGAAGGUUUAUCAAAGUUAGAAAAUAUUCUAAAGGAUAUUGAUAUUAACGAAAAUACACCAAUUCUAAAUGACAUUAAGAAGAUUAUAAUCCCUUGGGAGAAACAAUUUAUUGACAACUUCAAACAAAUACUUAUAUUCAUUUACAAAGCUUGCAACCUGCAUUUUGUUUACCAAGAUCUUAAUAAGGAGGAUGUUAUGGUUAUGAAACUCGGUGAAGACUUUUAUAACAGUAUUAUGGAGAAAGAUUUGAGGUAUGAAUUUAGGGAUGAUAUUCUUAGGCAAAAAGCACUUAACUUUAAACGUUACACUUUACACAUGAAAACUCUUACUAUUCCAUGGGGAAUCAUUAUUCGAGUUAGAAAAAGCAAAUCAAGCCAUAUGUCUACGAACUCUUCCAUUGAAUCUGAUCCUCGAUCCAGUAGAAGAAUAGACUUUAAUGACACUUUUCAAAGAUAUUCAGGAAAUAACUCAUUCUUCAGAACAUACGGAUUCUUUUAUCCUCAAUCCGAUUCAGAAAUUUCCAGCUUUAUAGAAGCUAACUUGGAUCUUUUAAAUAUUACACCUGGCUCGGCUCCUUAUAUAUUUACUUCAGGUAUACCAAAAAUAUAUAUUAAAAAGACAAAGGAGGUACAUAUCGAAAUGGAAUUAAUGUCGUUGUUAGACUUGGCUGGGACAUUGUUUGCUAGCCACAAUCUCAAAUUUGAUCAUCAAGAAACUAAGAAAUUUACUUCAGAAGAGCUAGGAAUUGUUGACAGAGCAGUACCAGAUAUUAUAAUUUCCAUAAAUAAUGAAGUUGAAAUUCCGUUAGAAGUUAAAAAAGAAAAGGUUAAGCAAAUGUAUGAUUCUUUUGACUUUUCUAGAAGGAAAAACAAUAAAGGAAGCAGUCAAUUUGUAGAAUUGUUUCUGCAAGCGUUUAACCAAUCACUCCUUUGUUAUACGAAUACAUUUUUCAUAUCAGACGGCGAGUUUUGUCUCGGAUUUAUUGUUGAUGAUUACCCAUUACCCUCCUAUGAUAUUUCCAACCUUCAUGGUAUACCAUGUAAAAUAAUACCAUUUGAUUCCAAGCUGGAGAAGAUUUCAAUGCCCAUUUUCAUUGCUAUGGUUGUUUUGAAAUAUUCAAAAAAAGUCGAAAAACAAAUGAUAGACAAUUAUUUUAAGUCGUUGAAGAUAGCAGAUACUCAAAAAUUACAAAUGUGGAUAGAUAGAUAUAAAAUCUUAAAUCUGUUCCGUGAAUUGCUUUCAAAUGUACCACAAGGUGUUGAUAUAAUAAUCAGUAGACGGGAUUUGUUGACUCUGCCAAGAAGUAUACAAUCUGAUAACACUCUGGACAAUGAUUCGAACAUUGAUAGUGACGAUGAUACUGAUGAUGAUGUUGUGAGUUACAGUGAUACAGAAAUGGUAACUAUAAGUGAUUUAAUUCAAGAUUAUAGCGUUGAAAGCCCCAGGGAUGAAAUUAGUAAUGAACACGAAGAUAUGCAAGUGGAUACUAAGUUUGACAGUUCUUCAGUUGAUAAUUUGAAAGCUAUUCAUGAUGCAGAGGAGAGAAUUCUUUCAGAAUUAGGUAUUCGAAUUUCACUUAAGAAUUUCUAUAUCAUUAUUAACACAAUGCAGUAUGAGUCAAUCGAUAUUACAUCAAUUCAAGAUUAUACCAUAAUCAGUGGUGGGUCACCGCAAAAGAACUUUUCGAUUGUUAUUAAGGAUGGAGAUGAUAAAAUAUACAAGAUUUUUGAUCCAAUCCUUUGUCAGGUGGAUGCAACCAGUAACAUAGUUUCAUUUGAAGAUCGGUUAAAGUAUUGUUUUAAAUGCUUUAUCCGGGAAAGUCUUAUGCAUCUAUAUUUGAACGAAGAUUUUGAAUAUAAACCAAGAUGUUACUCAAUUGGGUUCAUGACAAACAAAAAUCUGGUGACCCAUUUGGAUAUUAAGACUAUAAAUUCAAUGUCUGGAUUUUUCAUAAAAAUGGAAUACUGUAAAGGUUUGGUACUAGAAAAGUUAACCUGGAGUUCGGAAAUUGAACUGCAAUUGAAAACUGUUAUUGAUUGUCUUCAUUUACUCGGUGUGAGUCAUGGAGACAUUCAUUCUUCAAACUUUCUUUAUGAUACAGACACCAAAUCAAUGAGGAUAUUGGAUUUUGGUCGUCUGUAUCAAGCCUACCUACGAGGUAAUGCCGGUAAUCGUAAGAAAGGAAGACACAUUAGUAGACUCAAGAAAAGAAUUCAAUUUGAUAAUGAAAACAUCGAUACAAUGGUUUAUAAGUUGACUCAUACUUCUCUAUCACAUUUCCCUUCUGUAAAUAGAUAA